AGAUAGGCGGGGAGGACACGCUGCGUCCACGGGGAGUUCGCCUCCAGUCGCGUUUCUAUUGGUGCCUGGCCAGGCCAGCCCCGCCCCUGCGUCCCGCCCCUUUCCCUUCAACCUGGCAAUGGCUGCCACUCAGAGCAAGGGGACUGUUGCCCAAGUGGAGCAAGACUGUGCUGGGACCCGCGGAGGAAAUGGGGGUGUCGGUCGUGAAGGUCACAGCAGAAAUGACUGCUGGAUGAGGUUGAGAGAAAGCACCUCUUUGCUCUGUGACAGUAAGGAUUGUAUCCUGGAGCCGCUUUCCCUGCCAGAAAGUCCAGGUGGCACCACCAUUUUAAAAGGUUCUCCAUCUGUGCCGUGUAUUUUCUGUGAAGAACAUUUUCUGGUGGCCGAACAAGACAAACUUUUGAAGCACAUGAUUAUUGAGCAUAAGAUUGUCAUAGCUGAUGUCAAGUUGGUUGCUGAUUUCCAUAGCUAUGUCUUAUAUUGGAGGAAGAGGUUCGCUGAACAGCCUGUCACAGAUUUCUGUACAGUGAUACGAAUCAAUUCCACAGCUCCACCUGAAGAACAAGACCAUUAUUUUUUGUUGUGUGACGCUUUACCAGAAGAUAGAAUUCUUAGAGAAGAGCUUCAAAAGCAGAAACUGAAAGAAAUUCUGGAACAGCAGCAGCAAGAACGAAAUGAUACCAGUUUUCAUGGCACUUGUAUGUUUUGCAAUGAAGAAUUCCUUGGAAACAGAUCUGUUCUGUUAAACCACAUGGCUAGAGAGCAUGCUUUCAACAUUGGCUUGCCUGACAACAUUGUACACUGCAGUGAAUUUCUGUGUACACUACAAAGAAAGCUUGACAAUUUGCAGUGCUUAUACUGUGAGAAAACUUUCCGGGACAAAAAUACACUUAAAGAUCAUAUGAGAAAAAAACAACAUCGUAGAAUCAAUCCGAAGAACAGAGAAUAUGACCGAUUUUAUGUCAUCAACUAUUUGGAGUUUGGAAAAACAUGGGAAGAAGUUCAGCUGGAGGAUGAUCGGGAGCUGCUGGACCAUCAGGAAGAAGACUGGUCAGACUGGAAAGAGCACCCUGUCUCUGCUGUCUGUCUGUUUUGUGAAAAACAAGCAGAAACGGUGGAGAAAUUGUAUGUCCACAUGGAGGAUGCACAUGAGUUUGAUCUCCUCAAAAUAAAGUCAGAACUUGGAUUAACUUUCUAUCAGCAAGUGAAACUGGUGAAUUUCAUUCGGAGGCAAGUUCACCAAUGUAGAUGUUAUGGCUGCCAUGUAAAGUUCAAAUCCAGAGCCGACUUAAGGACUCACAUGGAAGAAGCUAAGCAUAUGUCACUGCUUCCUGAAAAAAAGACAUGGGACCAACUGGAAUACUAUUUUCCAACCUAUGAAAAUGAUGCUCUCCUGUGUACACUGUCUGAUAGUGAAAGUGACCUGGCAGCUCAGGACCAAAAUGAAAAUGUUCCCAUCAUUGGCGAGGACACAUCGAAGCUGCACGCUCUAAAACAAAGCAGUGUGUUGAACCAGUUGCUACUACAGGACUGCUUGGAAAGCUAGAAGGAACUGCU